AUGGCGGCGGGCAAGAAUGAGCGCGAUAUGUUGGAGGUCCAGGAAGCCGGACUGGGGACAUCCACAGACUUCGCCUCCUCCAAGGACGCCAUGAUCCUGCUCGAAAGUGCGAGAAAGGCCACCGAGGCUGAGCACAACAUGACCCUCUGGCAGGGGCUGAAGCUGUACCCGAAGGCCGUCUUCUGGAGUGUGAUCAUCUCGACGUGUAUCGUCAUGGAAGGCUACGACGUGUGUCUGCUCUCGACCUUCUACACGCUUCCGGCCUUCAAUCGGAAGUAUGGCGUCCGCCUCGCGGACGGUGAUUACCAGGUUUCGGCCCCGUGGCAGUCUGGACUCAGCAACGGGGUCAACGUGGGCGAGGUCAUCGGCCUGUUGCUGAAUGGCUGGCUCUCGGAGCGGAUCGGGUACAAGAAGACCGUGCUGGGGUGUCUGCUCAGCUUGGCGGGGCUCAUCGCCAUCUUCUUCACGGCCCCGAACGUCGAGGCGCUCCUCGUGGGUGAGAUCCUCUGCGGAAUCCCGUGGGGGGUCUUUCAAACUCUCUGUGUGACAUAUGCAAGCGAGGUCUGCCCUAUUGCUCUUCGCGGAUACUUGACUACCUAUGUCAACUUUUGUUGGGGAUUUGGUCAAGCCCUCGGACUCGGGGUGAUCAAGGCCUUGCUGAACCGCGAUGAUCAGUGGUCAUACCGCAUCCCGUACGCUCUGCAGUGGAUGUGGCCUGUGCCCCUUAUGGUGUGUCUCCUUUUCGCUCCCGAGUCGCCUUGGUGGCUGGUACGGAAAGAAAGGCUCGAAGACGCGAAGAAAGCGCUGCUGCGGUUGACCAGCUUGAACCGUGAAACGAACUUCAACGUCGACGAGACGAUCGCCAUGAUGGUGCACACCAACCAUCUGGAGGAAUCCAUCUCCCAUGGCGCCUCAUAUCUGGAUUGCUUCAAGGGAACCGACCUCCGUCGCACCGAGAUCGUCUGCAUGGUCUGGGCCAUCCAGAACCUCAGCGGGAAUUCCUUCUCUAGCUAUUCUAGUUAUUUCCUGCAGCAGGCUGGCUUGCCGACUAGCACCGCCUAUUCCUUUGCCAUCGGACAAUACGGCAUCAACAUGCUGGGCGUGGUUGGGUCUUGGUUCCUCAUGACGCUGGGCGUUGGGCGCCGGGCGCUGUACCUAUACGGCCUAUGUGCGUUGUUCAUCAUGCUGCUCGGCAUGGGGCUUUUAGGUCUUGCGCCCGCGUCGGCCAAAAACGCAAGUUCAAUGGCCACAGGAUCCAUGAUGCUGGGCUGGGCCCUCUGCUACCAGCUCACCGUGGGCACGGUCUGCUUCUCGCUGGUGUCCGAGAUCUCCACCCGCCGCCUACAGAUCAAGACCGUCGUGCUGGGCCGCGCGCUCUACAUCGUCGCCAACAUCCUCUGCAGCGUCGUCACCCCCUACAUGCUGAACCCUUCCGCCUGGAACUGGGGCAACUACGCCGGUCUGUUCUGGGCCGGCCUGUGCGCCUGCAGUAUCGUGUACGUGUACUUCCGGGUCCCUGAACCGGCUGGCCGCACCUUUGCCGAGCUCGACAUGCUCUUCGAACGCCGCAUCAGCGCCAGGAAGUUCAAGUCCGCCAAGAUCGACGUCUUCACCGACAACGGCCGGCCGGAACCCGAUGAAGAGAAGCCAGACGUCGUUCAUGUUGAAUGA